GAGCGCUUGUCACAUGAUCACGCCGACUGAGAGCCGAAUGGUCCACGGAGAGAAACAAGAGGAACCGAAAAGAAAGAGAAAAACACAAAUCACGGCUAAUUUUAUAUGUCGGGUUUAGAGUGAUAAAGGAAGUGUUAGGCAACGGGUGACGGAUGAAAUUGUUUUUGUUUCUGUGUCAGCAGAAUCGGCACCCUCGCGACUGAGAAUGGAAUUUAAAUAACCGUGAAAGAGUUCACCACAAACACCCACAUCACACCGAGCGAGCUUUCCGUGAGUGUGCUGUGGAAGUGACACACCGCUGUCAUGGGUGAACGCACUCCGCUCUUGCAUUACCGGCUCUUGGCGAGCGUGCACGAGGACUCCGGUGAACACCGGGCGCGCGAGGACACGGCAGGACGCGCGGCGGUGAGGCGGAGGUCCACUCGUGGCCAGAAACUGUCCACUUUUUUCGGGGUGGUAAUUCCCACUCUGCUCUCCAUGUUCAGUGUGGUGGUGUUCUUACGGAUCGGAUUCGUGGUUGGUCAGUGUGGACUGUACCAGGCCGUGGUCAUGUUCUUGGUGGCGUAUUUCAUCAUCAGCAUGACCGUGCUCUCCAUCUGCGCCAUCUCCACCAACGGAGCCCUGGACGCAGGGGGAGCUUACUAUAUGAUCAGUCGAGCGUUAGGUCCGGAGUUUGGAGGCAGUAUUGGGAUCAUGUUUUUCUUAGCCAACGUGUUUGGCAGCGCCCUCUACGUGCUCGGGCUGGUGGAGGCCAUUCUCGCAACCUUCGGACGUCCUGAAGAUGGAUUAAACCACGCCCCUCAGUACGCAGUGAUGCCGGUUGGAUAUUGGUGGUCUCUGCUGUAUGCUACUGUUAUCCUGCUUCUGUGCGUGUUGGUGUGUUUGAUUGGUGCUCAUAUCUACGCCAAGGCCACGUUCCUGAUCUUCAUGGUGGUGAUGGUGGUGCUCUUCACCAUCUUCAUCAGCUUCUUCGCCAUCAGACCUCGCAACAUCCCUCUGCCGAACAUUCUGGGAAACUCCAGCACCACCUCCAACACCGCCAACUUCACUGGCUUCAAACUCGACACGCUGCUCGGAAACCUCAAAUCAAAUUACACAGUGGACUACACCACGGGAGUAACAAUGACGUUCGCCACCGUGUUUGCUGUCAUGUUCAACGGAUGUACUGGAAUUAUGGCUGGAUCCAACAUGUCAGGUGACCUGAGGAACCCAAGUUACUCCAUCCCUCGUGGAACAAUCACUGCUGUCAUCUUCACCUUCAUCACCUACAACCUGCUCAGCUUACUGGUGGCCUGCACCUGUGACAGAGUUCUGUUACAGAGGGACUACAGUUUCCUGCGGGACAUUAAUCUGUGGCGCCCGUUCGUCACCAUCGGUGUUUAUUCGUCCACUCUCUCAGCCGCCAUGAGCAACCUGAUCGGUGCCUCACGCAUUCUGUACGCACUUGCCAAGGACGACCUGUUCGGUAAAGUCCUGUCCCCUGCUGGGAAAACCUCGGGCAGCGGGAAUCCCUGGGUCUCGGUUCUCAUCUCCUGGUUCCUUGUGCAGCUGGUGUUGUUCUCAGGGAAGCUGAACACCAUAGCGAGUGUCGUCACCAUCUUAUUCCUGCUGGUCUACGCCGCAGUGGAUCUGGCCUGCCUUGCCCUGGAGUGGGCCUCUGCCCCAAACUUCAGGCCCACAUUCCGUUACUUCACGUGGCACACAUGUGUGUUGGGCAUCAUUGGCUGUGGAGUGAUGAUGUUUCUAAUUAACGCCAUCUACGCCUCGGCCAGCAUCGCCUUCAUGCUGCUGCUGCUGUUGCUCAUCCACUAUCUGAGUCCGACUAGCAGCUGGGGCUACAUUAGCCAGGCGCUGAUCUUCCACCAGGUGCGUAAAUACUUGCUGAUGUUGGACGUACGUAAGGAUCAUGUGAAGUUCUGGAGGCCUCAGGUGCUGCUGAUGGUGGCCAACCCUCGCUCUAACAUCGGCCUCAUCACCUUCAUUAACGACAUCAAGAAGAGCGGCCUUUAUGUCCUCGGACACGUCCAGAUCGGAGACCUGGCCAUCCUUCCCUCCGACCCUCUGCAGUGUCAGUACGACUCGUGGCUCUCCCUGGUGGAUCACCUGAACAUUAAAGCCUUCGUUAACCUGACGUUAGCUGGCUCUGUGCGACACGGAGUGCAGCACCUGCUCUUCAUCUCUGGACUCGGUGGUAUGAGACCAAACACGUUGGUUCUGGGUUUCUAUGAUGACAUUCCUCCUCAGGACCAGCUCCAAGAUCGCUCGUUCCACUCCAGCAGAUCUGUGGAGAGCCCCAUUUUUUCGGAAGACCCAGAAGAUCCGCUUUUUCAUUUCCCUCCCUUGCGUGGCAGCAUAGACGGAGCCUGGCAGGGGAAAGCAAUCGGCCCUCAGGAAUAUGUCAGCGUGAUUGCGGACGCCGUGAAGAUGCUGAAGAACGUGGCGUUGGCGAGGUACUUCUGCCAGUUCGACCACACCCGAGCCCAUCAGGGUGGCGUCUUCGUGGACGUGUGGCCCGUCAACCUGCUCCGACCCGACAGCUGCUCUUACGUCGACACGUGCUCGCUGUUCCUUCUCCAGUUGGCCUGCAUCCUCAACAUGACCAGGGCAUGGCAGAAGGCCAGGCUCCGCCUCUUCCUGUGUGUGGAGACAGGGCGCAGUCUGAAGGAGGCGGAACGUAAGCUGGGGCAGCUGCUGAAGGAGCUCCGGAUGAAGGCGGCCAUCUACACGGUGCCGUGGGACACUCAGGUGGCGCUGCACUGGCAGAGACAGAGCAGUUCGAGGAAAAGGAAGAAGAAUGGAGAAGAGACGGAGGAAGAUUUGGAUCUAGUAGAGGAGGAGGAGUCAGAAGAGGAGGAGUAUGCUAACGGUUACCACAGCAACACUUCUCGUCUGACUGACGACUACUUACUCGCUGUUAAUAGGCUGAUCAGUGACCAGCCCUGCCCGCCCCCUGCCGUGCGUUUCCUGUAUUUGCCCCGCCCACCCGCUGACACACGCCGCUACUGUGAUUACCUGCAUCAGCUGGAGCUGCUAAGCCGUGACCUCGGACCCACUCUACUUAUCCACGGGGUCACGCCUGUCAUCACCACUGACCUUUGACCUGUGACCUUUACCAGACUUGGAACAACGCAGCGACACUUUCUACUCAUCUCUCCUGUUUAAAGUUUCACACAGACAGAGGAGGAUAAAAUAACAGAAAAUUACGCAUCUCUCUGUACUGCUGCAUGAAUGCUGAGUGAUUUUUAUAAAAUCGGCGCAGGACUUGUGAUGAAUCUGUGAAACGGAGUAACGGAACAAACCCGAAGGCGUGAACGAGUCGUGAGGCUUAAACAAUUUCACUGGUGCAUUCUAUUUUCAUGGUUUUUGUUAAAGAAGAUUCUUUUUUUUUACAGAUUUAACGAGUAAUUUGACACUUUGAUUUGAUUUAGUGAAGGUGAGGGUUUCAUUAGAAUGUACAUGUUAGUAGAAUGUAGUUGGAGAAUGAAGAUGAACUUCAGUCUCCCCCUCAUGCUGUGUGUGUUUUGGAGUCAGCUUUAUCUCAUGGUGCCUUGAAAAUAACUUUGGAGUGACACUUUACAUUAAACUUCAGUUCACUAAGGUUAUUUACUGAAUUUAUGCACCUUAAAACUUCAGAGUGAAUAAACCGAUGUAAGAAAUUUAACACCUGAAUUUUUACACCUCUGUUAACAUUUUUCCCUUCUUUUCUCUUUUGUUUGUCUUUCUUUGUUUCCUCCUUUUUCUACUCACUUCUAAGAAGUAUUUUUUUACUUUCCUUCAUCCUUUAUUCUAUUUUUAUUAUUUUAUUUUCAUUACUUUAUUCUUUAAUUUUCCAUUUAAGUUCUUUCUUUCUUUCUUUCUGUAAGUAAAUGUUAAUGAAGUGCACAUGCAUUAAUGUUUAUUCAGUCCCUUACUAAAAAUAAGUCGCUUAAAUUAGCAUAAAUGAAAUGUUAAUAAUUUCCUGAACUCUGGCCUUCAGGUGUAAAUAUUAAAAUCUGAUUUUCAGACUCUGUUCUGAAUUCUAAUGAAGUUCUGGAAGUUAUUCAGCAUGAGAUGUUUUCCUCGCUGAUGAGGAUUGUGCUUUAAUGUAGAAGUUAAUUAUUUAAUAGAAACACAUUCAUGAAGGUUUGGAGUUAAUGAAGAUGUGAGAUCAGUGACGUGAACUUUAAUGUAAAGUGAUAAACCUGAAUAUUUUACUUUGAGUGAUAUUGAAACCAAAGUGUGUGUGUGUGUGUGUGUGUGUGUGUGCACACGUGUGUGUUUUACCAAUAAUAAUAAUAAUAAUAAUAAUAAUAAGUCUCCCAUAUGUUUACUACUAAAAUAUACUGAAUGUACAACAAAUUCUUUGGAUAUAUUUUUUCAGGUGAAGAUCUUUACAGACACAAUGUACUCUCAUUCUAAAUAAAAUUAAAGAGUGUUUGUUUAC